AUGCAACAUCUCGAAGCGCACGUCUUGUCAGAACUGCGACACAGGUAUAACGCGUUCGCCCCCAUUCACCGGUACCAACGUCUACCGCCCGAGGUUCUCUUGGAGAUUCUCUCUCAAGUUGAGCACACGGGGCGGCGCGAUAUCCGUCUCAUGCACGUCUGCCAGACGUGGCGUUCGUUGUUGAUGGGAACGCCGGAAUUUUGGGCACGCAUGCUCGCUGCCUGCCCGCUGAGGUAUUCGCCACAGCUCGUCAACCAGGUCCCGGAGUGGUUUGACGUAUUCCUCCAUCGUUCCGCUCCUGCACCAUUGGCCCUCACCCUCCCUUGUUUCCAUCAGGCCAUGCAAAAUGCUCUGAUGCCUCACGCCUACCACAUACACUCCUUAGCUGUCUGCAUCGCAUUCAAAACGACCUUCGACAGCCUCUACACCAUGCUCAGUCAUGGGCUCGCGAGCCUCGCGAGCCUCUGUGUCACGCACGAUUCCAACUAUCCUGGGAAAAACGACGCCUCUUCUUAUCGGGCCUUACAUUGGUCAGACGAGACACUGCCCCGUCUGCGUACCCUCAGGCUACCCUCGAUAUUUCUGUCCCCAGGCUUCUCUGUCCUCUCUCUGCGCGAUGUGGAGAUAAGAAGCUGCGAUUGCUAUGUGUGUCGCAAUCGCUCGGAGAAAAUCGUGCUCGACCUGCCAUCGUUCCUCAAGCGAUGCCCAUUUCUCGACACCCUUCGCUUGGUAGGCGGUGGCCCGCUGACCCUCCCGCAUGGAUCCGACUCCUCUGUCGUAUUGACCGCCCUCCGCGUGCUUCAUUUUGGCGACCACGAUGUCACCGAAAUUCGCGAGUUAAUCAGCCGCAUUACAGUGUCACCUCGCACCACCGUCACUAUCGAUGUCAAAUACGGGUACCCCGGGGCGAGUGUGCAAGUCGCGUUGCAAAGCGUGCCGAUCUUCUCGAUGGCGGACAAGAUCGUCGUACGUUUCUGCACCGGCGAUUUUGCCGCGCCAUUCAGCCUCGAAGCCUUCCAGGAGGAGGCCCUGCGGCUGGUCAUCUACGCAGGACGUCGCAGACCGGUUACCACUCUUACGCCGUCCCGCGACGCCAUAACCCAUGGCGCGCUUGCAGGCCUUGCUUUGUCCUUACCCAGCCUCUCCGUCACCACCCUAGAGCUGUGGCACAUCCCCUCGUGGGUGUCCCUGGACGAGUACUUCUCUCUCUUGAAGGACGCCAUCGCCUCCUUGCAGCGCCUAGCCGUGCUGACGCUCCACCUCGAGGACGGGAUCGCCUUCCGCCCCAUGCGGCUCUUCCGACGCACCUGCCAGGGGAGCCCUAUUGUCUGUCCCGUCCUGCACACGUUCGAGGUUUCCUGGAGCAUCCCGGUCGACUACGCCCUCAACAUGUUUAUCGCCAGCUGCGCGCGGCUCAGAAAUGCACUCAAUGAGCGUUCGGUGGUCGAGAAUCCACUGGAGGUCUUCUCGCUCACUUGCGCGCACACGCGGCACCUACAAGGGCCCGGCAGGACAGGGGAGGCGGCGGUGCGCAAGCGUUUGGAGAAGUUGUUCGCGGGCGUUGCGGGCGAGGUCCAAGUGACUACAUAUAGCCGCAGGGACCCUACGGGUCAAUGUCCAUAG